CUCAGCCUGUCUCUGCAGCCUGUGUGUUGUUUGUGUGCAUGCUAGAGGGUGAGUGAAAGCAGAGGAACGUGUACCUGGGUCCUUUUAAAGAAAGAACCUGUACACAAGUGUGUGAGACUGCAUGUUGUAAUGUGACGAUACUACAUUUCAUCAUUUGCACUUAUGAACAAGAGGUAUUUAUUUUUAUUUAUCCGAAAGUAGCCAUUCUGUUGAGCCAAAUACAAGCGCGGUGUGGCUUUGUUGUUUUGUAAAACUAAGACUUUAUGCUUGGUUCGUGCUAUUUAGUUAGCUAGUUUUAGUUAUUAUAGUUGAGACAAGAUGUCCACUGACUGCCAGAAGACCACUGCCAAGGCCAUCCCGUCGACCAGGAGGGUGACCAUUAAUGACGCGGCGCACAUGCCCCACGACUACUCCACUACUCCCGGAGGGACCCUGUUCAGCACGACCCCGGGUGGUACCAGGAUCAUCUACGACCGAAAGUUCCUGCUGGGGUGUCGCAGCUCUCCCGUGGCCAAGACUCCUCCAAAAGGUCUGCCCAAAAUUCCAGGGGUGACAAGUCCUCCCUCCAAAGACACCAUUGAGAAGGCCCAUAAUGGAGAACUACUGAACAACAGUAUUACUGCACCUGAUAGCAGCAACACUGGUGAUGACUCACAGUUUGAAAUGGACAUCUAGGAGGACCUGGAACGAGUGUUAAGAUGUCAGACUUACCAACAAGAAGCUGUGAGGAGCACCUUCUUAUUUCCCAUCAUCCGUUCCAAUAAGACGGAGGUUCGCCUUCAGUAUCUCCAGUGUCUUAGUGUUUUAAAGUCUGUCUUUAUCAGUAUCAUUUGCUUGUUUUGCCAAGAACAAAUCUGUAAUGAAACUUUGUCUGUCAUCUUCAAGGCUUAAACCUGAUUUAUGUAUGACGAGGUGUGCCUUCCUCUAGUGGCUGCAAGUUUAAAAUCAACCCUGAGAAGUACUUAACACCAACAAAGCCUCAUCCCUAAGAACUGGUAUAAGUUAAUGAAAAUUAAGAUCAGUAGGGAAAAAGAAAAAAUUGUUUGCCGAAUUUAAACCAUUCCAAAAGGGUUUUUAACUUGAUGUGCUUUAUUUCCACACAGUUCCUGACACCUCUGUUCAGAUAUUGCCUUGAAAUGUUUAAGAUACAGUAUAAUUUGUCGACCGUGCUCUUAAAAAAAGGGUAUUCACCUGAAGUGUCAUACAGGGAAUGUAAAACAUAAUUGUGUUGAUUACAUUUUUGAAACAGAUUUUCACACGGUUUGUAGGAUGACAAAGCAUUAAAGCACACCAUUAAAACAAA